UUGAGUUGUAUUAUACUAUGCUUCUCUUUCAAUAUUCUUUCCUUUGAUUCUUUGACACCCUUUUCAGUUUUCCCUGUUCUUUAUCAGAUUCCCCCAAAAUUCCUCCAAUUUCAUAUUAAAAUUGCAUAACUUUUCUUUUCCUUUUGAUCACAAGGUUCUUGCUUUGUUCUUUUGUUUUCUCAAUUUACAGAAAGAGAGGAAGAACAUUUAAGGAUUUGGUAAUUGUAUAUUACUGUUGAGGGGAAUGACAAGUUUUGAUGUUUCAAAGUAUGCACAUAGUCCUAUGCAUAAAGCUACAAUCUUGAAAGAUUAUGCCUCUCUUAGGAAGAUAAUUUUAGGCCUCCCUAGGCUUUGUGAUACAGCUGAAAUUCAUACUGAAACAGUAUCCUUGGCUGAGGAAGCUAAGGCUGAUGCCAUUUCGGCUGUAAUUGAUCGACGAGAUGUCCCCAAUCGUGAUAUGCCUCUUCAUUUAGCUGUCAAACUAGGCGAUGAGACUGCAACCGAGAUGCUUAUGGUUGCCGGUGCAGAUUGGAGCUUGCAAAAUGAGGAAGGUUGGAGUGCCCUACAGGAAGCUAUAUGUAAUAGAGAAGAUGGUGUUGCGAAGAUUAUAGUUAGGAAUUACCAGCCUUUGGCUUGGGCGAAAUGGUGUAGGCGGUUACCUCGGUUGAUUGGAACAAUGAGGAGAAUGAGGGAUUUUUAUAUGGAGAUUACGUUCAAUUUUGAAAGCAGUGUUAUCCCUUUCAUUUCUAGGAUUGCUCCUUCCGAUACGUAUAAAAUUUGGAAAAGGGGUGCAAAUUUAAGGGCGGAUAUGACUUUGGCUGGAUUUGAUGGUUUUCGUAUUCAACGAUCUGAUCAGAGCAUUCUCUUCCUUGGUGAUGGUUCUGAAGAUGGUAAAGUUAAUCCCGGUUCGCUUUGUGUGGUUUCGCAUAAAGAAAAAGAAAUUAUGAAUGCUUUAGAUGGUGCUGGCGCUCCGGCAACGGAGGCUGAAGUGCAACAAGAAGUCACUGCAAUGUCUCAAACGAGCAUAUUCAGGCCCGGGAUUGAUGUCACUCAAGCUGUUCUGUUGCCACAAACGACAUGGAGGCGCCAAGAGAAAAUGGAGAUGGUCGGUCCGUGGAACGCUAAAGUAUAUGAUAUGCAAAACGUGGUCGUGAGUGUUAAAUCAAGGAGGGUGCCAGGUGCUAUGACAGAUGAUGAAAUCAUCAAUUCAUGCAAUGGAAAUGAGGCGGAAAGUAAAGAUCUUGAUGAUAUUCUGACAGAGGAAGAAAGAAGACAACUUGAUGUUGCUCUCAAUGAGAACGGAGAUGGCGUUAUUGCACACGGGCCUAGUUGUCGUGAACAAAUAGACAGAGACAUUCCCAUUGAGGAGAUAAAUGGUUGUAGGAAUGGUGAGAAGUGUUCUGUUGAUAUUAGCAUGAAGAGGGAUGAGUAUAGACGAGGAAGAGAUGCCGAAGCUUCUUCAUCUAGUAAUGCUGAAAGUGGAGAUUUUCGUAAAGAUGGAAGCCGAGAAAAAGAGUAUAAGAAAGGAUUGAGGCCUGUACUCUGGCUUUCUCCUGAUUUUCCGUUGAGAACUGAAGAACUCCUUCCCUUGCUUGACAUUUUAGCAAAUAAAGUUAAGGCUAUCCGGCGAUUGAGAGAAAUGCUUACAACAAAACUUCCAAAAGGAACCUUCCCGGUUAAGGUAUGUUUUGUAUACUGGCUCUUGAGGUUUAACUCCUUCUCUGGCACUUCUCUUGUUUGGAUUCUCGUUAAGUUUGAUUGGUAAUAUUCUGAACAUGCAUGCUC